GACAAUCGUAUCUCAAAUCUCAAUCCGCCGAAAUUCAGAGGUGAUGGUUGAAGAAGAAUAACGAAAUUUCAGCAUUUCGCUUAUUCCCAUUCCCAGUUCCUUUUUUUUACCAAAUCGUAAAGCUUCGGUCUUCCGAAGAAACCCUCCCCAAAAAAACAAAAAAAACCAAAAAAAAAUUAGAAAAAGAAAUAAAGAAAAGAACCAACCUCCUUGAUAUUUCUGCAACUCUCGCGGGGGGAGAGAGAGAGAGAGGAGACGCAGGCGGGCACCAACCGAGGGGAAAGAAAAGAUUAGGAGGUGUGGUGGCUUUAAUGGCAUUUAGCUUUGCUGCUGUGAUUUGAAUCGAGUGUUUCUUGUGAGCUCGCCGAUUUUAUCCUUGCCCAGAUCUUAGGGUUUGUGUCUCCUCCUACAUUGAUCCCGGAGGCAUUCUGAGGACUUUGAAGAAUAAGAGCAAAGAAAGACAUGAGCAAUAUGGAAUUCGAGAGCAGCAGUUGGAUAAGAGAUGGGGUUUCAUUCUACCCUCAAUUGUUUGGCGGCAUAAUGAUCACUUGUGCAGUAUUAAGUUUUUCGACGAGCUACUUCGGCAAGAUUACUGUUCCGAUGAUGCCUCACUUCUUCCCCGGCUUGAGGGCCUUUCACAAGAAGAAAUCCUCGAAGAAACGAGUCCGUGUGUAUAUGGACGGAUGCUUUGAUCUGAUGCACUACGGGCACGCCAAUGCACUGAGGCAGGCGAAAGCAUUAGGGGAUGAAUUAGUCGUCGGAGUCGUAUCUGAUGAAGAGAUCAUAUCGAAUAAAGGGCCUCCGGUUUUAUCCAUGCAAGAAAGGCUGACCCUUGUUAGCGGGCUAAAGUGGGUUGACGAAGUGAUUCCUAGUGCUCCUUACGAAAUUACCGAAGAGUUUAUGAAUCGACUUUUCAAGGAGUACAAAAUCGACUAUAUCAUACAUGGCGACGAUCCGUGUCUUCUACCUGAUGGGACCGAUGCCUAUGCUCUGGCGAAGAAAGUUGGCCGCUACAAGCAGAUCAAGCGCACAGAAGGCGUCUCUAGCACAGAUAUUGUAGGGAGGAUACUUUCGUCCAUGAAGGAUACUAAAGCUGCGAAAGAAUGUCCGGGAUCAGGCGAAUCUGAUAACGGUUCGCAAUGCGACAAGCCUCUGGCUAACGGAAAACUCAGUUCUCAUUUCCUGCCUACUUCAAGAAGAAUCGUGCAAUUUUCGAAUGACAAGGGGCCCGGACCUAAUUCCCGUGUCGUAUAUAUUGACGGCGCAUUUGACCUUUUUCACGCCGGACACGUGGAGAUUCUUAAGAGCGCCAAACAACUCGGAGAUUUUCUUCUUGUUGGUAUCUACGCCGACCAGACAGUUAGUGAGGUCCGUGGGCGCGAUUUCCCGCUGAUGAAUGUCCAUGAGCGUAGCCUUAGUGUACUCGCAACCCGAUAUGUCGACGAGGUCAUUAUCGGCGCCCCUUGGGAAGUUACACAGGACAUGAUCACGACCUUCAACAUAUCUGUGGUUGUGCACGGGACAGUCGCGGAGAGCAACCCACUGGCAAAUGUUCACUCGGAUCCUUACGCAGUUCCUAAAAGUUUGGGCAUUUUCCAAAUUCUCGAGAGCCCGAGAAACAUCACCACCACUUCCAUAGCCCAGAGAAUCAUUGCCAACCACGACGCUUAUGUGAAACGUAACGCCAAGAAAGAAGCAAGCGAGAAGAAGUACUACGCGGGCAAGAAAUAUGUGACCGAGUGAAAGACAUGUAUUUGUCGCUCUGCAUGCAUCUUUCGUCCGAGAAAAAAGGGGGGAAGGUUGGUCCCGGUAGCUUUUGUUCAUCGGAAACUAUAGAGAAGAUGAACUCGAAAUAGAGAUAAGGCGAUCUAAGCCGUCGAUUUUUAGCACAUCCGGUGCUCUCUUUGUCGAAAAAUCGUUAGUAUCUAUAGCUAAUCUUAUUUUGUAGCAAGUUUUUUUUAUCUACCAUUGUUGUAAAUUAGUUGAUGUUUUUGCCCAUUUGUUUUGUUUGCUUUGUACCAUAUAAUAUUCAGCUGCGUAUUCUAAAAUUUCAAGUGACAUAAUAAAAAUACAAAUCUAAAUGUGUUGAAUUUGAUUUUUAUUAUUUGCCUGAUUUUAA